UGAGAUUCAGUGAACAAGUUUUCAACACGGUAUGGUAUUCAGAUGAUCUUUCUGCAGUAUGUUCACGAGAUACAUCAAUUUUUCAAAUAUGCAAGCUCUCGCUUAUGCGCUUCAGUUCCACGUGGUUUGUGUAGCUGUAAAUAUUGUUACCUUAAGUCAUGUGGCGAAAGAAGGAAAAUUUCACGAAAAAGUAAACUCAGAUCAUUCACAGGCUUUCGCACUGUUAAGUUUUAUACAAGCUAGUGCAGCAAGACUGGUCUGGAAACUUUGGGAUAGCGUAAAAAAGUAGACAAUUGCAUGGCAAAAGGUUGAACACGCGACAUAAUUUGAAAUAUUUACACUUCACCAUCACCAUCCGGAAUAGUAUAUUUUCCUUAUUGUGUUCGGGUUUUUGUUUUGGUUAAAAAAGGUUCAGCCUUGUUUUAAGAUAUACCACAGUUCGGCUUUUAAAACCUUGCGCGUCGAGUGGCACCAUUUAGAAAACACAGUGCUUUAAUAAGGAAUUAAUAUCAUUAUACUCCUUGAUCAAGGAACUGCAGGGCCGGGUAUUUUCACAUUUCUUCUUUCUUUCCUCUGCAGCAUAGAAUGGAAGAAAAAAUAGUUAUGCUUGUCGUUUUACUUGUUGGUACAGCAGUCGUUCCGGGAGAGAAAAGCGAGAGAGGUAAACUGACUAAAUGCUUCUAAAGCAGAGUAUAAUGUAAUGUAUUACACAUUCUCUUCUCUUUGCACCAUAUAUUUCCUAAAGAAUUCGGGUGAGGAGAGAUCUUCAAAAUACCAGGGAAACUCACCAAAGGCUGCUAUUCACCACACAGCAAUCUAUGUAUAGUCCUUUGUAUAGGUCCAUUCGAUGUGUCAGUCCUAUUAUAGUCAUUAACUCUAAUAAUUGAAUCGCAAUAAGUAUGGAGUUGUGUAGAGAUGCAACCAAUAAACAUGUAGGCCUGGUUCACGCCUUGCGUUGCAAGUGCAAACGCAGAACAAAUGCAGAUACAAACAACGCCCAUACUUUCAACGCAAACGCCAGGAUGACAGAUACGCAGGCACAGCCCAAGACUUUUUCACUGAGCCGUGAUGGCAUUUGCGUUUGCGUUGCGUUGGGCCGGUCACUCGUGUGCAAUGUACGAACAUACUAACUCACACUGUGCAAAUGGAUAUGCAAGGAAGUGAACAUUUUACCAUUUCUUGCCUCGGUGCUUACUCCUGCGUUUGCAUCUGCGUUAAGUUAGUUCACACGUGUAUUUCUUUUCCUUGAACCAGGUCUAAGUCAACGCAGAAUGAAAACUGAAUGAAAGCGCUCCCCGGCCACUCCGGCCCCGCAGGAUACGUACCCUGGGGGUCUUAUAGUAACUCAGCUCCACUUCAUUCACUGUUGCCUCUUUAAAACAUUUGACUACAAGUCUGACCCAAGUUACUCUUCUAAUAGCCGAGCGGCUCUUGCGUACGUAAAGCGCUCGCAGCAGAGAACCAUUAGUGAGAAAAUUUGGUUUUCUAUGCAUCCAAGAAAUUUUGGUUCCGACAAAAUCGUCCGCACGUACGUACGUACGUCUACUUAGAGGAUGUGGAAAGUUCCAAGGCAUAUACUUUUUGUGUUACAACUUGGUAUUGGACAUCCAUUUUAUGGCCAAGUGACAGAUGUCAAAAAGGUUAUCCGCUGACCAGUGUCACAUGACAGUAUCGCAGUCUCAGGUAUAGAACUCAUGGAGUUGACGUAUUUGACCAGCUGACCAGUUUUUGGUUUUUAAUUGAUCGCGGGCUAAGGUCCAUUUUUUUAAGGUGGAAUUCUGCUUAACGGCAAAAGUUGAGUUACUUGAGAAAGACAUUUCUUAAAAGAUCCCUCGAGUGCUUCGCUAUUGGCCUUGGCUAAAUAUGUAUAUUUUAGAGAUCUACACAGACUGAUCCUGUUUUUCUCCGGCUUCUAUGUCAUUUGAUCUGUUUCAUUAUUCCAGGAAGCUGUGAUGUUCAACCUGGGUACCGCGUUGACUGUGGAUGGUUUGGAAUCGAUGAAGCUACGUGCAAGUCAAAAGGUUGUUGCUGGGACAGCAGUAUUGAAGGGAAGCCAUAUUGUUACUUCACAACAGAUGGCGUAGGUAAGUGAGUUUACUAAUCAACCGUACUCAAAAGGGUAACAGACUGCAUGACUAGAGACAAAACGAAAAUGCGUCCCAUCCUCAGUAAAUCGCAGUAUGAAUGUGCCAAUCAAAGUCAACAAACAAUGCACUGAUGAGUAAACUUCCGACGCUUUAUAAAUUACUGCUACUUCUCAUCAGAAGGCAUGUUAAGGUUUUACUCAGUAGCUAUCUAUCCAAGUGACUCGAUACGUCUCAUAAUCAUAUUUAUUGCCACCAAGCAAAUGUUACUUCCUUUACACUAACGCACCUUGGGAGUUAAUACGCGAGAGUCUGUCGCAUUCAGCGAAAGGAGAAAAUCGAUACAGGAGCUUUCAUUUCAAAAUGGCCACUGAUUAAAUCAGAAGUUAGCAGAAUGAAAGGAAGGUACUUUGCAAUAGUUUUCAUCGAUCAGGACUAAGAAAACCACUCUGUAGGGGAUAUAAAUAAAAAAUACUAUAGGAAAGCACUGCUUACAGCUUUAGUUUGAAUGGCCCCACGCUUUAGGAUUCUAUCUAGAGACUAGAAAAAAAGAACAAACUUGCAGAGCAUGAUAAAAAGUACCAGGAAUGUUUUGCUUAGUAGCUUUUAUUUGAAUGAUCACAAUGCAGUACAGCCUUUCAUCCACAGACUCAAAAGUUAGAACCUCCCCGUACAGCAUAAUAAACAGUACCACCAGGAGAGCACUGCUCUGAGUAGCUUUCAUUUGAUUGGUCACACUGUAGUACAGCCUUUCAUCCGCAGACACAGUAACCAGGAAGAAACUGGAUAUGAUGGUGUCUUCAGGAAAAGCACAUUAAAAGCUGCCUAAGGCAUAACCCUAGCAUGAGAAAGCAGUCGUCAUUUGGCGACCCCAGCAAUGGUUCCCGCGCGAAAUGACGUCUGAUCAUAGUUAUUAGAGGAGACUGGUUAUGAAAAGCGGCAAACAUCAAUGAUAAAAACAACAGUGCUGCAGUUUAUGUUCAAAGCACCGUGAAAGUGCACAAUCCUUUGUUUUCUGUUGGCAAAUUGUUACGGAAUAAAUUAAUGCAACGUUUUUAUUGGUCAAUACAAUCAAAAUGAUAGGAAUUCUUUUGAACGUUGUGCACUUUCAGGUCCACAAAAACAUAUAACAAAGGAGUCUGACGGGUUUCAUAACCAUUCCACUCAAUUAACUAUGGUCUGAUGAACGAGUGCAGAAAUUCCAUAAACUUCGCGGGAAACCAGUGGUAGCGACGCGAAAUGUCGCCUGUUUGCUUAGCACAGCAUUACCCUUUACCAACCGAAUUUGUCAAUUUUUGUUAUAUCAUGAUCAUAUUAUAUAAAUACCUCAUUGUCGAUUUUGUUGUUAAUUUACCUACAGUGCCAUCAUGUAUGACUGGACCUAAGCCUAAAAAAGAUUGUGGGUGGAAGGAGAUCGAUCAAAAAACGUGUGAAAAGAGAACAUGUUGUUGGGCCAAACCUGAUGAUAAAAGCACGCCUUGGUGUUAUGUCAAGGACCUUGGGCGUGAGUAUUCAGCUUCUUGCGAAUUCAGGCGCCGGGUCUAAAAAUAGAUCGUUAAAAAGCUUGUGAAUUUUGUUGUUGUUGUUGAAAAGCGGAUUCAAUUAAGGAUGGCUUGUUGCUGCAUCAAGGACUUCGGGAAAGAGUAUAGGUUGCGGAAAGUGAAAUGACAGCUAUGUACUGAUAAAUCAAUUAAUUUAGGCACCAUCCUUAGCUUGCUCUGUUGUUGAGAUGCAAGACUUUGUCAGAUGAAUAAGUCUCCUUUCUCAUAUUACCCAGACUUAAUUGAACAAAGACAAUGCGACGACAGUGGUGACGGCGCGCAUAGAUCUAAAAACUGAAUUGACCAAUGACACACUCAAGGCAAGAGCCUACAGAACGGCAAACUCACUCAGGGCACCGGACGUAGCGUUCAGUCCUCUCCGCGCGCUUUCGCUUUCUCUUUUGAGGUUGCGUUGUCUUCUGUAAAUCUGCCUAUUGUUUGGAUACUGGGGCCGGAUCCGCCUGCAAGACGCAGCAAAAGAAAUGAAAAACUAAAUGGUGCGGGAAAAACACACCUAACAUCAGACGAUGGCUAUAGUCCCUUGGGUGGCUACUCGGCAAAGGUUUACGCUAUAGAGGGUCCGCUCUGAAAUCCAACCCUCUUGCCGCUUUAUACCAUUUUAGACCGGAAGGUGAAUGAAUGAAAAACUUUAUUAACGUGUCAAAAUCUUCUAGCUGACCACAGGUAGCCUACUAAAUCGGGGACACCCUUUUGUAUAACCUUCAUUUGACAAAUGAUACCUCAUAUACAUACUUACUUUAGGAUGUCUUUUUUCUCAUGUGGCGUUCAAUAAAUUAAAUGCCAUAGGUUUCUCUGUUGGAAAUAAUUUAGUUAAAAGCGCGUUAACAUAACCAAAUGUUAAAUUUCCCUUCACUUUCAUAUACUUUAACUCGUGAAAUCCACCUAUAUAUACCUAAAUAUAGUUCGAGUCCUCUGUUAAGAUGGUACGCUACUAAAAAAACAGCUUUUUGCGAGUCAAUCAGUUUUAGUUUCUGUCUUCUCAAGCUCUUUUAACCUAACUUCAACAAUUUUUUUCUGGUACAGAUAUCCCAUACGGUAUGUGCCGCACUGCCCCGUCUGACCGCACAGAUUGUGGACAUGUGGUAAUAACAAAGGAGGAAUGUAUGCAAAAAGGAUGCUGCUACGACGACUCGUUUGAUGACGGUCAGACCCCCUGGUGCUUCUAUCCACCCGGUAAGUUGAAGGAGUGGCUGAUGAUAAUUUUUUGUCCGGUCUUAAACUUGCUAAAACAAUAUUAAACGUCAUACAAUACAGAGGCUGUUCUUGAUCAGUAAGAACGGGAGAUGAGGAGAGUUGCACGGGCUGUCAAAACCUUCCGUAGGGUUUGAGCUGACUCUUAACUAUUAUGUGCUGCCUUUCAAUCCUAGCCUACACAUGCGUAGCUGGCGGAAUCGUUUUGCGCGUGUGAAAAUUUUGGCGGGAAGGCGCGAGAAAAUUCCUCAAAGCGUCUCCUUCCAACUCUCCCGCACGGCUUCACAGCUCCUCUGCCAAAACUUUGCUCGCGCUAUAAAACGAUCCCGCCGGCUACGCAGGCUAUUUCAAUCCUCAUUGCCUUUGUCUUCUUCUUUUUUUCCGAUAUACUCUAUGGUGAUUCCAAAACUCUUGUCCACCAUUAAGAGGAGGAGCAAGAGUAUUGUCAUAUUCAAUAUGGCGGUGGAUUAUGCAAAUACGUGUGUGAUCCAGUAAAGGAACCGAAUUUUUCGUACGGAUUAUGCAGCGAGGGAAAGGUUUGCUGUUAUAAGGGAUUUGGACGUUAAUUUAAAAG